CACUGAUGCGGAAGCAGGGCAGAGGCCGGAAGUUGGGCACUGAGAGACAGCCGGGCACUGACAUCUGCCUACCUGGGGUUAGCGUCCUGUGACUGCCCGCUGUCGUGUGCUCGUCCCGCUGUCGCGGGCAUGUCUCUCCUGCAGUCCGCGCUUGAUUUCCUGGCCGGGCCCGGCUCUUCGGGAGCCGCUGGCAGAGACCAGCAUGAUUUUGUGGGGCAGACUGUGGAGCUGGGGGAGAUGAAGCUGCGGGUGAAGCGGGUGAUCGCUGAGGGUGGAUUUGCGUUUGUCUAUGAAGCUCAGGAUCUAGGCUCUGGGAAAGACUAUGCACUGAAGAGAUUGCUGUCCAACGAAGAAGAAAAGAAUAAAGCAAUUAUUCAGGAGAUAUGCUUCAUGAAAAAGUUAUCUGGCCACCCAAACAUCGUCCAGUUCUGCUCGGCUGCAUCGAUAGGAAAAGAGGAAUCUGAUACAGGCCAAGGGGAAUUUCUGCUUCUUACAGAAUUAUGCAAAGGACAACUUGUAGAAUUCUUAAACAAAGCUGAAAGUAAAGGUCCUUUGUCAUGUGAUACUAUAUUGAAGAUUUUUUACCAAACCUGUCGAGCAGUCCAGCAUAUGCAUAAGCAGAAACCUCCUAUAAUCCACAGAGAUCUCAAGGUGGAAAAUUUGCUGAUAGGUAACCAAGGAACUAUUAAACUGUGUGACUUUGGUAGUGCAACCACAAUAGCACAUUACCCUGAUUAUAACUGGACUGCGCAGAGGAGAGCAUUGGUUGAAGAUGAAAUGAUUAGAAACACAACACCAAUGUAUAGGACUCCAGAAAUUAUAGACUUGUACUCAAAUUUUCCAAUUGGAGAAAAGCAAGACAUAUGGGCACUUGGCUGUAUUCUGUACUUAUUGUGCUUCAAGCAACAUCCAUUUGAAGAUGGAGCCAAGCUUCGUAUUGUCAAUGGGAAAUAUUCAAUACCAGAAGAUGAUACAAAAUAUCUGGUUUUCCAUAGCCUUAUUAAAUCGAUGUUAAAGGUGAAUCCCGAGGAGAGACUGUCCAUUACAGAAGUGGUCAGUCAUCUACAGGACAUUGCAGCAGCAAGAAAUGUGAAUCCUAAAUCUCCCAUCACUGAGCUUCUAGAGCAAAAUGGUGGCUAUGGCAAUACUGUGAAUCUGAAACCUUUCAAUGUGAUACCACAAGGCUCCAAGCCGCAGGGUCCCUCAGGUUUCACUGCUGGAGAUGAGGACCAGACUUCUGGAGGAUUUUUUGACAUCUUGAAGGGAGGCACAGAACGAUUCUUAAGUAAUAUUAAAGACACUUCUUCAAAGGUUAUACAAUCAGUUACCAAUUAUGCAAAAGGAGAUCUGGAUUUAUCUUAUAUCACUUCUAGAAUUGCAGUUAUGUCUUUUCCUGCUGAGGGUGUGGAAUCUGCCUUAAAGAAUAACAUUGAAGAUGUCCGUUUGUAUCUGGAUGCAAAACAUCCUGGGACUUAUGCUGUUUAUAAUUUAUGUUUGAGGAAAUACCGGCCUUCCAGGUUUCAUAACCGGGUGUCUGAGUGUGGGUGGCCUGGAAGACGUGCCCCAAAUCUCAUGAACCUCUACAGCAUCUGUAAAAAUAUGCACUUAUGGCUGAAACAAAAUCCCAAGAAUGUCUGCAUUGUACACUGUCUUGAUGGACGAGCUGCUUCAGCCGUUGUGGUGUGUUCCUUUCUGUGCUUUUGUCGCCUUUUUACCACAGCUGAAGCCGCUGUGUAUAUGUUUAGCAUGAAGAGAUGUCCGCCUGGCAUCUGGCCGUCUCAUAAAAGAUACAUAGAAUACAUGUGUGAUAUGAUGGCAGAGGAGCCAAUAAUUCCCCAUAGUAAGCCAAUUCUCAUCAAGGCCAUAGGUAUGACUCCAGUACCACUAUUCAGCAAGCUGCGCAAUGGCUGCCGGCCCUUCUGUGAAGUGUACGUUGGUGACGAGAGAGUGGCGUCUACAUCUCAAGAAUACGAUAAAAUGAGGGAUUUCAGAAAUGAAGAUGGCAAAGCUGAAAUUCCUUUAGAUGUAACAGUGCAAGGCGAUGUCUUAAUUGUCAUAUACCAUGCUAGAUCUACAUUAGGAGGCAGGUUACAGGCAAAGAUGACUUCAAUGAAGAUGUUUCAAAUACAAUUUCAUACUGGAUUUGUACCCCGAAAUGCCACAACUGUGAAGUUUGCGAAGUAUGAUCUGGAUGCAUGUGAUAUACAAGAAAAAUACCCUGAUUUAUUUCAAGUGAACUUGGAGGUGGAAGUCUCUCCGCGAGACAAGCCGGCAAACAUCACUCCACCCUGGGAAAAUCUUAACACCAAGAGGUUGACUCCUAAGAUUCUCUUUUCAAGCCGAGAAGAACAACAGGAAAUGCUGUCUAAAUUUGGAAAACCUGAAUUACCCAGGCAACCAGGGUCAACAGCACAGUAUGAAGCAGAUGUCUCCCCAGCAGAACAUUCCCCAGAACCCCCAAGCUCCGAUGAACAUACGCAGAAUAACUUUUUUCAAACUCUUGACUGGCAAGAUCAAAUGGAAGGAAGAGAAGUUCACGCUGGAGUCCAGGAGCAUUCCCCUAGGGAAGAGCACAAUGGAAGCACAAAUGAUAACAGAAGUGAACCUUCUGAUGAGGAGUUCUAUGAAUUUAGUCAAGUGCACAGUGCACUUGAAAUGGAAGAAAGAGGCACAAGCAUUGCAUCGCACGAAACAGAAUCUACAGAUAAUUUAUUUGAUUCCGAAACUGGUGCAGACACUCCAAAACCUAAAGAUGAAGAAGUAGAAGCAGAUUUAUUGGGACUUAAUUCAUCACCCAUGAAAGACACCAGUCCUAUACCUUCCCAAAUGAAGAAUUCUUCCAGCAAUGCCGUUUUAUUAGACAAUCUCUUUUCAGACAACCCAUUUACUAAUGAUUGCAAAACUGAAAACUUACUAGGUACUGGGGAGGAUUUAUUUUUCAGUGGCACAGCUCAAACAUCUGCAGGGUCCGGAUCAUCGUAUAAUACCACAUUUUCCGCUUCUGAUCCAUUUGACCCAUUUGCAACCACUGAAAAUAAGUCAGGCAGUCCAGAUUUGUUUGAAGGACUAAUCAGCCCACACUCUGCAUCCACUCCCAAUGUGUAUCCUUCCACACAAAGUGCUCCAUCUCCCGCUUCAAGCAUGGACUUCUUAAACCUAGAUAAUUUCCCAGCAACUCACUCAAAAAUAGUUUCUUCUGCAAGCAAUCCAGACCUUUUGGGAGGAUGGAAUUCAUGGGAUGAACCUGCUAAACCCAAUGUGUUUCUUCCAAAAUCCAACAAAUCGGACUAUGAAGGUUUAGCCUUUACAUCUAGCCAGAUGACUACGUCUUCAAGUUCAUCCUUUGUUCAAGCAAAGUCCUCCAGUUUUGAUCCGUUUGCUGAUCUUAAUAGUCUUGGUUCUUCACUCCAGAACAAAGGAUCCUCCUCACAAUUUUCUGCCCGUUCCAAUGACAAGUCAUUUCAAAAAAUCAACUCCAAACCAGCGCCCAAACCACAAACCACAAAUACAUCAUGGCAGUCUCAGCCUAAAGCAGGCCUCCAAUCUAAGCCUAAUUACGGUGCAAAUUUUAGUGUGAUUGGUGGCAGAGAAGAAAGAGGCAUAAGGGCUCCAGGUUUUGGACCAAAACCAAAAGUGACAGAGAGUGACUUUGGGGAUCUGCUCACCAACCAGGGAUUUUCUGCAAAAAAUGACAGGAAGGGUCCAAAGACAAUCGCUGAAAUGAGAAGACAAGAAAUGACUAGAGACAUGGAUCCCCUAAAGUUGAAAAUUUUCGACUGGAUUGAAGGAAAAGAAAGAAAUAUAAGAGCUUUAAUAUCUACACUUCACACUGUGCUUUGGGAAGGAGAAACAAAAUGGAAACCAGUGAACAUGUCUGAGUUGGUGACACCAGACCAAGUGAAGAAGUACUACCGGAGAGCAGUUCUUGUGGUUCAUCCUGACAAGGCCACAGGACAACCUUAUGAACAGUAUGCCAAAAUGAUAUUCAUGGAGCUGAAUGAUGCCUGGUCAGAAUUUGAAAACCAAGGAUCGAAAGCCCUUUUUUAAAAUAGAACCACUUAAAAGACCUGCAUCCAUUGUGUACCUGGUCUGCUUUGUUUUAGACUAUUCCACUCUGAUUUUAUGCUGUUCUCCAAAUUCCAGAACACAAUCUAUUUGUACAUAAAGUAGGAUAGUUUACAAAGUGCUAUUUUUUCUCAUUACUGACCGGCACCUUAUCCUAUGAUGUAAUUGCAUUCCAGAUCCAUGUGUUUUAGGGCAUUAUUUAUACCACCAUUCAGACCAAGCUGUUACACUUGCCUGACAGUGAGCAGUGAAUUGCAGUUCACAUACCAAACCCGGGAACCUGCUACUACUUUCAGUGAUGGACUCUAAUGUACUUGAUGCAUUUGUUUAAAAACUGCUAGAUGUAAAUUUUUCACUUAUAGUAAAUAUGUAAUCAUUACCAUUGCAUUGUGUACAUAAUUAAACACUUUUCUUCAAAAUUGCAUUUUUGUUUAUGAACAUUCAAUUCCUACCACAUCUUUUUCAGCCAGUAUAUAUUAGUGUGAGGUUGUUUCAUUUCUGCUGAUUAUUAAUAAUCGGUUGUUUUUUUUCCAACAAAUUAUAUAAAUGUAACAGUAUGCUGUUAAAAAAAAAAAAUGAACUGUAUCCAAUUGUUCAGAUUUUACCAUAUGUCUUUCCCAUAGAACAUAGAAGCGUGCCUACAUUUUUCCAUUGUCAGAUAUUUACUGGAGAUGUAUGGCCAAUGGUGGUGUGAACAGAGAUAAGACCUCUUGCACACGAGUGAUACGGAUUGUGUCGGGGUCUGUUCAGGGAAAAACUGGCAGUUUUUCCGUCUGGAUUGGAUGCGGAUACAAUCUACAUCUCCUCGCAACAAUCAUCAAAAAAAACACAUUGCAUCUGGAUGCCGUCCAUUUUUUAACUUCAUGGAACCAGUGCUGCUUGAAAAACGCACAAUAUAGAACAUGCUGCGAUUUUUCCUAAACGCAGAAAUAAUGCUUGAAAAACAACGUUCAUGUACACAGACCUAUUAAAAUGAAUGGGUCAGGAUUCAGUUCGGAUGCUAUGCGUUUGCUUCACGCAUUUCACCCGGAUGGAAAACUCACUCGUGUGAAAGAGGCCUAAGGCCCCUUUCACACGGGCGAGAAUUCCGCGCGGGUGCAAUGUGUGAGGUGAACGCAUUGUACUCGCACUGAAUCCGGACCCAUUCACU